AUGACGUGGAAUUGCCGGACGAUUAAUAAAACGACGCCGUUUAGGGACGCUGCGAAUCUUGUGUGGUGGUGGGGUAGGGGCGGCGGAUCUGGUGCCUUCGCACCCCUUUUCCUUCUCGCCGGCCCCUUCACGCCCUCGUCUCUCACCACCGGCGAGGAAUUCUAUGGAACCAGCAGACGUUUGGUGCCGGAGGCGGUGGUGAAGGAGGCGGCGGAUCUGCAGGGUUGGUGUGGUGGUGGAUCUGGUGUGGUGGUGGUAAAGGUCGCGAAUCGGAGCAGAGCGGAGAGGGCGGCGACUGGCGUGGCGGCGGGAGGGGCGUCGGAUCUGGUGCAGCGGCAGCCUUCAAAUUCAGACUGGGUGUCGAUGCAGAGAUCUUGGGGCGUCACAUGGAAAUGUGACUUAAGGGAGUGGCAAAAGGGUCCUUUUUCUGUGAGGAUCACUGGACCCGAAAACAGCACAUCAGUCACCGCGUACAAUGUCAUUCCCUACGAUUGGUCGCCUGGAAAAUACUAUUAUUCAAAUGUUAAUUUUUGA